GAUGUUUUGAGUUUGUGUUCUUGUAGAAUUAGGAGAGACUCUCUUUGCUUUUAUUUAAAUUCCCGCUCCCAUUCCCGCCCCACCUAGCUAAGCUUCGUUUCUUCUGCACACCGAUCUCGCCGGGAGGAGGGAAGAAGACAACCAAAAUUGACCGCAUAUCGGAGAAUGAAGGAGUGUGCGAAGAGAAAAGAUCGUCGGGGUCGGCCGCCACUUCAAGGCGGCUGCACUCCCUGGCCGUUGCUUGUUUUCCCUUGUGGUAAAGACCGUAAAAAUCAGGUUUUUUGUACAAUACCUGAUUUCGUUCACAGCGCCCGUCCCUGUUCUUCUGCGCCACCACCGAACAAACUGAUGAUGAAGAAGAGCAUACCCGAGUUGCGUAGAAAGCAUUUCUGGGCUUCCUGCUAUGGGUGGCUCCUAGUCGGGGACGACUACGAUCGCUGCUUCCUCUUUAAUCCCGCGACCCUCUCCACCAUCAAUCUGCCGGUGUUAGAUUCAAAUUUUGCUAUCAAUUUUUGCACGUUGUCUUGUCCGCCGGGAAACCCAAAUUGCACAGUUUUCAUCUUCCAUAAUAAUACUCCUCGCAUCGUCUUUUGCCGACCCGGCGACCGGCAGUGGGCGGUCCAGGACUACGAGAAGGAGCUCCGAGAUAUUCUAGGGAAAAGAGAUGGCGGUGCCGUGUCGUUCAAAAAUGCUGUUGGCUUGGAUGGAAAAUUAUAUGCAUUGACUUCUUAUUGCGGAUCCACAGUAGUCAUUAAGGUCGAAGAGAAAGAUGAUGAACCGCAUCGCCUGAAGAUGAGAUCCAUACCUUUCAUGUAUGUACCAAAUAUCGCGCCAAAUUCAAGUGCUUCGUCAACAUACAUGCUGGAAUCAUCUGGGGAUGUCCUUGUAGUUACUGAGGCCUUUCGGGGAACGCAAAUGAGGGAAGUAUUCAAUAUGCAGGUUCAUAGACUGGAUUUGUCUCGGAUGAAGUGGGUGGAGGUUAAAGGUUUGAAGGACAGAAUGCUGUUUUUGAGCCCUUAUGGUUGCGUUUCCUGUCCAGCAACAGAGACAGGAACCCAAGGGAAUCGCAUAUAUUUCACUAUACCCGAAGACAAAAGCUUGUAUUCAUUCAACAUGGAACAACAAAAUGUUUCAGCCUAUUUGCCAUGGCCGGAUUUACCUGAACCAUGGUAUCCUCCAGCAUGGGUGAUGCCCGAUGCGGAUGGCAGGUUGGCUGGUAAACAAGCAGAAGUCAAGCUUAACAAUGAAAUUGUGAAAGUAGAGUAUGCCAGCAAGAAGGAUGAAGAAACUGAUCAUGCCGUAAAUUGGUCUGAUCUUCCCUUUGAUAUGUGGUCUAUGGUUGCAAAGCAUCUUAAUCUAUUUGACUACCUGCACUUCCGAGAGGUCCACAAAGAAUUUCAAUUAGCUGCACCUUCAAUGAAUUGGAAGACUGCCUCUCAUAUGCUAAAAGAUCUAAUUCUCUCCCCAUGGCUCGUGUUUUUUAAGAAUGACAGCAGAUUUUGCAAUUUUAUUGAUCCGGCAAAUGGCUAUAAUACAUUUAAAAAGGGCCUGCCAGAAUUGUUAUUGGGUGCUGAGGUCUUCUUUUCGAGGGAUGGAUGGUUGCUAAUGUCCAAGGAUAGGCAAUCCAUGUGUCUCUUCAAUCCAAUGUCAGGGGAAUUGAUUAAAUAUCCAGAGAAACUCCCACUGCCAUUCAACGGAAUCUGCUGUUCAACAUUGCCAACUUCUUCAGACUGCCUGACCAUUGCGAUUCACGGUACUGAGCGACGUGCAAUUUUUUCUUAUAUUCGUUCAGAAUCAGAGGAGAGGGAAUGGGUAGAUUUUGAGGAAAUCAACAGUACGAAUUUCACCUCAAUCUGCAACCCAGUGUUCAUGUAUGACACCUUCUACUUUCUGGGUGUAGAUGGGAAUUUAGGAGUUCUCGACUUAAACGUGGAUUAUGGCGAGUGGGAUGUUCUUGCCAAACCUAAAAGGCCCUGCAAGUCUUUUCGCUAUGGCUACUUGGCCGAUUGUGAUGGGGAGGUAUUAUCAGUUUUUGUGGGUCAUUCAGGAGAAUGGGUAGAAGUCUUCCAGUUAGAUUGGCCUGCAAUGGUUUGGGUCAAAGUUGAAAGUUUGGGAAAUUAUGUGCUAUUCGUUAGCCGCUCAUCCUGUGUCUGUGCAGUGGCUAGAACCCCAGAAAUGGAGAAUAAAAUUUAUUUCCCCAGAUUUUAUGGUCAGUCUCAGAAUGUUGUCUUCUAUUCUCUCGAAACGAAGAGGUUUCACUGUCAUGGCUGUGAGGUAUCUUUGGAGAAUUUCUAUGGCACGACUGAGCAAACAAAUUGUUGCUGGAUUGAACCGCAAGGGUUUUAGGUUUGACUCGAGAGAUCCUUAUUGUUUUCUUUUCUUUUUCAUUUUUUGCAAGUGUAAUUCAUUGAACUGAUCAGUUACUAGUAAUAAAUGGAAUUUAUUUGAUGCA